CACACACACACACACACACACACACAUAUACUAGUGGCGGACACAUUUUCACAGCCUGCUCUUCAGACUGACAGCAGCAAACGGAGUUGAGAGCCAGCACGAUAGAGCAAGGGAGCAAGACAAAAAGGACUGGAAACAAGGGAGGCAUCCACAGAGGAGAGAACAGAAAAGGAGACCACAGAGGAUUUGCCUCAUUUUUUUUUUAUCUUUUAAAAGGAAUCUGCCCUGUGCUCUUUUUGAGCUGAACUUGCUCUGCACCUUGCUAUGGCAGCCCUGGUGGGACAUGGGAACACUGUCUCAUCUUGUUCCUCUCAUCCUUGGACUUCCCUCCUUUGGGCUCUUUUGACCCUUCUAAGCCAAGUGUGGGGUUUUAACCUGGAUACUACUCACACAUUACACAAGUUGGGAGACCAUGGUACCUUUUUUGGUUUCUCUCUAGCACUUCACCAACAGAUUAACCCAGAGCCACAGAGCUGGAUCCUUGUGGGGGCGCCGCAGGCAGCAGGGCAGGGCCUGUUGAGGGGCAGUCGGCCAGGAGCCUUGUUCAGGUGUCCAAUCACACCAGAGGAAUAUGACUGUGAGAGGGUGGAUAUUGAUGGAGAUGUGAGUUGGAACAGAGAGAACAAAGACAACCAAUGGCUGGGAGUUACUGUGAAGAGUCAGGGGAUUGGAGGAAAGGUGGUGACCUGUGCGCACCUGUAUGAGCUCAGACAACGUGUAAGUCAACCCUCAGAGACUCGUGACCCAAUUGGACGCUGCUACGUCCUGAGCGAGGAUCUGACGGAGCGAGAUGACUUGGACGGAGGGGAAUGGAAGUUCUGCGAAGGCCGGCCACAGGGGCACGAGCAGUUUGGCUUCUGUCAGCAGGGCCUGUCUGUCAGUUUUACCCCAGACAACAACUUCAUUCUGUUUGGGGCUCCGGGAACGUACAACUGGAAAGGUGAGAUGCGCGUCCAGCUCCUAAACCAGACUCUGCUUGAUCUCGGUUUCUAUGACGACGGACCCUACGAGGUGGCAGAUCAGAAACAACUUAAUGCCCAGCUCAUCCCUGUGCCCUACCACAGUUACCUGGGAUUUUCUGUGGACUCUGCGAUGGGCAUAAUGAGCCUCAGGGAGCUGACCUUUGUGGCGGGUGCACCUCGGGCCAAUCACACAGGGGCGGUGGUGCUGUUGAGGAAGGAUAACGUGUACCGGCUGGUACCACAACACAUUUUCUGGGGGGAAGAGCUGGCGUCUUCAUUUGGGUACUCGGUGGCUACAACGGAUCUGAACAAUGAUGGUUGGACAGAUCUGAUUAUUGGAGCUCCGAAUUUCUUUGACCGUAAGGCAGAGAUUGGUGGAGCUGUAUAUGUGUACCUAAACCCCUUUGGUCGCUGGGCCGAUCAGGCUCGGCCUAUCCGUCUCAACGGGACCUAUGACUCCAUGUUUGGAAUGACAGUCACCAGUGUAGGAGACCUGGACCAGGACGGGUAUGGAGAUAUUGCUGUGGGGGCACCGUUUGAUGGAGAUGGCAAAGUUUUCAUCUACAGAGGCUCCGAUUCUGGAAUUGAAACUAAACCUGCUCAGGUUCUUGAUGGUCGUGACUUUGAUGUGAGACGUUUUGGAUACUCCAUCUCAGGUGGUCUUGAUAUUGAUAAUAACCAGUAUCCAGAUAUUGCAGUGGGCUCUCUGAAUGAUUCAGUGGUUCUCUUCAGGUCUCGUCCAGUCAUCCAUGUGAUCAGAGAAAUAUCUAUCAAUCCUAACUCCAUUGAUCUGGCGCAACACAACUGCAAAGGCAGAGAAGGAGUCUGUGUGGAGGUCAAGGCCUGCUUCGUCUUCGUAGCCCACCCGGAACACUACUCACCACACAUUACCCUGGUUGUGCACUUUGAGGCUGACACAGAACGCAGGAAGUUGGGCCUCCCGCACCGCGUCAACUUCCUUGGUCGCAGCUCCCUGGAGCCAGAGUACACUCAGACUGAAGAAGUGCAGCUGCAUCGACAGCGUCACCCUGCGUGCACAACUGCUGUUUUCCAGCUCCAUGAGAGCAUCCGUGACAAACUUCGUCCCAUCUCGUUGGCGAUAACUCACACUAUCAAGCCUGUUCCACCGCGCAGACACUCAGGUGCCAAGAGCCUGGAGAAGUUGGAGCCUGUACUGAGUGUUUCCCCCUCUAAUACAUUGCACUCUGAGGUGAACUUCCUGCGAGAAGGAUGCGGACUUGACAAAAUCUGCCAGAGCAACCUGAAGCUGAGCUACCAGUUUGGAACACGACCCCUGACCUCCGACCUCUUCACUCCUCUGCCAAAAGAUGAGGAAGACGUGCAGGUGUUCUCCCUGUCAGACCAGCGCUUAGUGGUGCUGGAGAUCACCGUCACCAACAUGCCCUCUGACCCCCUCCGACCUGAUGAGGACGGAGAUGACGCUCAUGCUGCUCAGCUGCUUAUCUCUCUUCCAAACACUCUGUCGUAUGCCGGCUCCAGGAUCCCACCACAGAUGAGAUGCCAAGCGAACCAGAAUGGCUCCCAGAUUGAAUGUGACCUGGGAAACCCUAUGAAACGAGAUGCUAAGCUGAAGUUCUCCAUCAACUUAAGCACAUCUAACAUCACAAUUGAGACCACUGAGCUGACAGCAGAUCUCUCACUGACAACUAUCAGUGAGCAGUCUGACCUGGCACCGGUCACAGCUUUUGCUAAAGUUGUGAUAGAGCUCCCUCUGUCUGUCAGUGGCCUUGCUCGUCCUCACCAGCUGUUCUUCAGCGGGACAGUGAAGGGAGAGAGUGCCAUGACCAGUCUGGAGGACAUUGGCAGUCCUGUGGACUUUGAGUUUGUGGUCGCCAACCCCGGGCAAGCUCUGCAGACGCUCGGCUCGGCCUUCCUCAACAUCAUGUGGCCUUACGAGCUGACCAAUGAGAAAUGGCUCCUGUAUCCUGCCAGCUUGAAGUUUGAGGGUCAUCCAAACACACAGUGCACCCCAUCAGGGGCCUUAAAUCCUCUGAAGCUACACAGCACCUCACCUGGAGAGCUUCCACAGGUGGCUGGGCGAACACGCCGCUCACACCCAGAGGACGAAGGUCAAGUGAUGACAAAAGGCAGCGUGGGACGAACGACCCCAGCUGUGGCAGCUUCAGAGCGACGAAAGUCACUCAAACUGGAUUGUCUCCUGGGGUCAGCGCGCUGUGUCCUGUUUCAGUGUCCCCUCCACAGCUUCUCUGGUCAGGCUGUCCUCAGGAUCCACGCCAGGCUGUGGAACAGCAGUUUCAUAGAGGAGUUUCAGACAGUCAGUGCUCUGGAGCUGCUGGUCAGAGCCAACAUCACUGUGAAGUCCACCAUCAAACACCUUGUCCUCAAGGAUGCUGCUGCACAGGUUCCUGUGAUGAUCUAUCCUGAGCCUGGGCUUGCUGACCAGUACUGGAUCCCCUGGUGGAUCAUCCUCAUAGCCGUCUUGGCAGGCAUCCUGCUGUUGACUCUACUGGUCUGCAUACUGUGGAAGUGUGGCUUCUUCCAACGGGCCCACUACAAAGACAAAUUGCCUCAGUACCACGCGGUGAAGAUUCCUCGCGAGGACCGGCCACAGUUCCAGACUGAGAAGUCGGGAGUUGUCCAUAAAAAGGAAUGGGCCACGCACUGGAGCGACGGGACCUCAUAACUACCCUUGAAGCACUGACUGACUGAAUUAAUUCAAAUCACCACGUGUGGCACUCAUUCUGUCUUUGCAUUGGAACUAACGGACUAAAAAAUAGUGCACAUAGACUGAGAUCAUCUUGUGCACUCUGUACUGUGUCAGUACUUGCAUAUUGUUGGCCUGUUACACUGUGACUGGAUCUAUAUUCUCCCAUACUGUAUCCCGCUGAUGUCUGGCCUUGGAUAGUCUAUUUAUACUGUGCAUCUGUAUCAGCGUUUUACAGUAAAUGCUGAAGGCCAGCAACAAUAUUAGAACCGGUGUAGUUGCUCAAUAUGUUCUACAGCCUGCAGAAGGUGCACUGAUGCCCCUAUGGACCUCACUGCCUGUCAUGAGUUUUGACUGGCAGAACAAAGGAGGACAGAAAAUCACAACUCAAAGACAUGCAUGAAUGCACAAAUAUACCGUAUAAUAUUAGAUGCAUACAGACACACUGGACAUUGUCGAUGAAGAAGCCACUGCCCGUGACAAAGACUACUUUUUGCCUUAACUACUGUAAGACUGACGACUGAUAUGUGCGAGGAAAAAAUGCAUUUUUUUAUAUAUAUAUAUAAACAGUGUUUUGGGAUUUUCUUUUAGUUAGCACUGGUAAACAUUGGGAAAUUGUCAGUAUGUAAGAUAGGUAAAGGAAGAUGUUGCAGAGCACUGAAUGUGUCUGGGCUUGCUGAUCGCUCUUAGCCGGCUGAAAAAGCCAUUCAAUAAGUUCACUCAAAGGUUUUUGUGUAUCCUUAUUCAAGGAAUACUUUCUGUGUCAAUAUCUUUUUUUUGUUAAAAUGUCAAAUCAUAAAGUCAAAGGUACUGUACAUCAAUAGUUUUUUGUGAACUUGAAUAAGAUCAAUGAAACCACAACAGAGCCUGAGCCUGUAAGAGAGCCAUGACCAUAAAAUUGUUGAAAACCAAGUUGGUCCCAAAAGCAAAGCAAUAUUUAAAAUAUAGUCAUAUGCCCAUUUUCAAGUGUAAGAGUUUCAAUAUCUGAGCCAAACAUUGAUUUUUGAAUGGGUGUCCAGGCUCAUGAGGACAUGUAUAUCCCA